AAGGCAAUGACGCUAUUCUCCGUUACCAAGGCAUUCACAAGGCAACACUAGCUAGCUGGAUAGCUCGGCUAGCCAAUCUGCCAGAUAAUCUUAUAGCUAUGAUAUAACCUCCGUUUAGCCUCUUCGCCGAGUAGAACUAUAAUCACAAAAAGUGUACCGAAACCCUCGACUCCUGCACAUUGCCAUUAGCUUCUCGACUGUUCGCCGCGUGGCCUAAAUUAGAGGCUGAAACACCCUUUUUUCUUCCCGUUUGGCUCAUCUCAGUCUACCAGCUAGCUUAGUAACGUGAACGUUAGCUGCACAGCCACCAUGGCUGAAUUUGGGUUUAAUGAACACCAUCAGAACGAAGUCAUCAACUACAUGCGAUUUGCACGUUCAAAGAUGGUCCUGAGACUUAAGACCAUUGACUCGUGCUUUGAAGAACUCAAAGAUAGCAGGCUGGUGGAGGAAACCUUCACAGUGGACGAGGUGAAGGAGAUGCUGGACGGGCUGCAGAUGGUGGUGCGCGGGGAGGUGGAGAUGGAGCUCAUCAACACAGCUCACACCAACGUGCUGCUGCUCAGGCAGCUCUUCUCACAGGCGGAGAAGUUUUACCUUCGACUGCAGAGCGAUAUCUCCGAGCUUGAGAACAGGGAGCUGUUAGAACAAGUGGCUGAAUUUGAGAAGACGGACUUUAAAAGCGCCGAUAAGAUGAACCAGGAAACAAACAAACCCAAACUAGCACCGCUGAAUGAAGGCGGUGUGUCCGAACUACUUAACAAGGAGAUAACGAGACUACAGGAGGAAAACGAUAAACUGAAAGCCAGAAUGCGGACUUUAGAAUCGCAGGCGAUGAGUGCGCUGGACGAGAGAACCAAAGCAGACCGAGCCCUGAAAGACCUUCAGAAGGUCCAAGGGGACCAGCAGCUGGCUGAUCAAUCCCAGGAGAUCAGCGGUCUCGAGGACACGGUGGCAGCUCUGAGGGACGACUAUGAAAGGUCUCUCAGUGCCAACUCGGCCUCCCAGAAGGGUCUGCAGGAGAACCUGAUCUCUGCCAAACAUGAGCUUCUGCGAGUGCAGGAGCAGCUGUCCUUGGCGGAGAAGGAGUUGGACAAGAAGUUCCAGCAAACCGCGGCCUACCGCAACAUGAAGGAGAUCCUGACUAAGAAGAAUGAGCAGAUCAAAGACAUCAGAAAACGAUUGCAGAGAUAUGAGCCCAGUGAAUGAGUUGUACCUCCAGACAACAGGCGUCCAGAGGGGGUCAGACGGGAACAGCAAACCACCAGGUCCCACUGCUGCAAGACGAGAGAGACGGAAAGAAGCACUUCUACGAGGAAUUAUUUAUUCGCGCUUUAUCUGGCAUCUUCGGUAGUGAUUGGCUUUAGUAAAGAGUGUGAUCAGAGCGGGGGAGGAGGAGGAGGAGGAGAGGUGAGGGGGUCGUCAGUGACAAACGAUAAGCCUUCUCCAGCUGUGCUUUUUUUCUUUUCUUUUUUUUCUACGUCCCAGGUCGUGGAGCGGACUCACUUGUAGCUAGCAGGCUCCCCUCAGUGCUCUAUGCAAUAACUACCACGUCCCUGUUUGAAGAGGCCUUGGAUACGCACCGUCUGCCUGAAGCACCGCAGUCGCAUCUACCAGAUGGUUGUCGGUGAUAUUUAGCUUUUUCCAGCACCCGGGGGUGGUUUUGAUCGUUGGUUAUUUUUCAGUCUUCAUUUUUAGCAGUCGUUUUUGUAAUCCAAAAAAUAUUGUCGAGUUAGACCCCCGAGCAAAGCGCCAGCCAUUGUGUUUAUUAAUAGUGGUGUUUACCAAAACCUUUUGAGGUCACCCCCUGCUUUCAUUUGUUACCUCAGAUUUGUAUCGCAUUUCACACAAAACAUGUUUCCGAUGAUCUGACAUUCCGUGAAAGUCUGAUCAGCGAAAAUAUAGCAACAUUUUAGUUAGUUUUUUUUUCCUGCUCUUGCUUAUUGAAUGACGUGGAUAGUGAUCUGGAAGGAUUUCCCCGACGCAAAUGGGCGCACAGAAUAUUUUUGUCUGGAAUCUUUAACUGUGUACAUUUCGUAUUGUUGGUCGGUGAUGGAGCGUAAGAGAAAAAAUGAAUAUAUAUACAUGAUGUUCAUGAAGUAAUGCUCUUGUAGAGUAUGAUACAUCUACCUUAUAUUACACUAGAUGUGCAUUUGUUUGUAUUGUGCAAAGUAUGAGGUAAUAAAAGCUGUUGAC